AUGAAUGCAUGGGCGAUAUGGGUUCUGCUAGCUGCCUUGGCGGCAGCGGGUCCAGAUCACGCCAAGAAUGAAGUGGAAGAGCUGUUCGCCAGGGCGAAACAACGAAUAAAUGACGUGGGCAGGAAAGAUAUUCAGAUGAAAAAUGUGGGCACUACUUCUUCUCCGGUACCAGCACCAAUUCCACUGCCUCCGAAUGACAUCACAGCGGAGGGUCAAGACGUGAAAGAGAUGAAAAAUGUGGGCACUACUUCUUCUCCGGUACCAGCACCAAUUCCACUGCCUCCGAAUGACAUCACAGCGGAGGGCCAAGUCGUGAAACGGCUUCAAAAUCCAUCCGCUACAGGGCCGAGUACAGUCGAUUUGCCGGAACAUUCCGCGUCACGCAGAUUCUUUAUGAUACCUACGAGCUACGGUACGACAAGUCCCGCGGUGAGCCAUUCCACGCCCUAUGCUAAGGCAUUUGCACAGGAGCUGGGAGAGGAUCCCUUGAUCAGAUGGCUAGUUCAAUUCGCCCAGCACCUCUAUGAAAACAUCUGGUUGCCCGUGUCGGAAAACGAUGUGGCAAAAGAGGUCUUAGCAGCGCUGAUACAGAAGGCCGUGGAGGUCUGCUUGGGGCGACCGAAGCGGCAGUUACAAGACCACAGCACCGUUGGCAUCUGGCGCGUAGCCUACACCGGCGCAGUAAUUUUUGUGUACACUUGUGUGAUCAUCACUUUCUACGUGUUCUUAAUCACUAUCUUCGGAGCUGUCUUGAAUAUUAUCGCUUUGUCCUUGUUUUUGCACGAGCACGUGUGGUGUCCCCUGCUCGCGGCAUCACGCCGACCAGCAGCCAUUGCCCGUGUGGGCGCA